UGGGGUUGGGUGGGUGGUGGCUAGAACAUAAACGCAGUGUUAAAGAUGACUGGAUGACUGGAGUUGCCAAAAUAGCAGAGACCCGUGUGCAAGACCACUGUUAGUUUCCUGUUUCAACUAACAAAAUCUGACAUUUGUAGCCAUUUUUGUGGCAACAAAACCGGGUAUUUUAUAGCAAGACGUCUGGAUGUUUGUAACCGUAAAUGUGGCCACCAAACCGGGUAGUUUAACCCAAAUCAUGAUCUUUUCCUAAGCCUAACCAAGUGUUUUUUGUGCCUAAACAUAAUCAGACCUUAACCACAGCGUUUGAAACGUAGAGAUUCAACAUAGGCUAUGGUAUGCAGGAAAGUAAAAUGCCAACAUUGUAUUCUGGAGAUUGAUUUAUGCCGUGUCUAUAGUCCCCUUACUAACAUAGGUUUGUGUUUUGGUUAAAUGCAUCACUAACAGUGUGUGCAAGCUCAUAGAAAAAGGCAGCAUGGAGAACACACACAUUCACAGUACUCCUUCUUGCCUUACUCUCAGGUCAAUGCUGGCAUCUGUAGGCUACCUGCAGGGGGUUCUGUGGUAGCAUGAUAACCCGUAGCUCAGCUGCUGAUAAAUGACCUUACGUCAUAGACUGCAGAAAUUAGGACAUUUCACAAUUUGUUUACAUUAUAUUUAAAUGUAUUUUAUUUCACCAGGAUAAUAUACUCCGUAUCAAUAGUGUCUUGGGUACAUAUAGUAAAAUAAAAUAAAAUAAAUAAAGUAGUGUCAUCGAAAAUCAAUAACACUAGUAGAACAGGCUGUGUUUGUUCUUUUGUUCAAAACUAUAAGAUGGCAGCAGCAGAUAACCGCCCACCAUUGAGUCUGGUUCUGUCCAAGGUUUCUGCCUUUUAAAGGAAGUUUUUCCUUGCCACUGUCGCCAAAUGCUUGCUCAUGGUGGGAUUUGUACGGUCUAGACCUGCUCUAUAGGAAAAGUGCAAUGAGAUAACUUCUGUUAUGAAUUGGCACUAUAUAAAUAAAAUGUAAUUGAAUUGAAUAAGAUCUCUCCUUAUCUGCAUAUUAUAUGAAAACAGUGACUACUUUAAUGAAAAGUGCUGUGUUGUAUUAAAUAUAGAAAAAAAUAUAUUUUACUUUGUUUCAGUAAAAAAGACCCAGAGGAGUCAGAGCAGUGAUGUAAUAUCUGGCAGAUAUUAACGUUUGUUUUGUCAAUUAGGAAAUUCAAAAAAGACAACAAUUUAAAUAAGUUUGACCUAAAUGUUAAUAAUUCUGUUAAAACUAAUACGACUCAAGAUGCAAAGAUUUGUUUGUCACAUACUUCAAUAUAAUUAAUAACUUAGAACUAAAGUGCUUUAGUUGUCCUUUUGAAAACUGUUACUGUGAAAUCCUAAAAAAGAAAUUCUAAAAGAAAGGACUUAUUAAAGUCUGUUUUUGUGGAUUUGUACUUUUAAUUCAUUAGUUCAGCAUUGUCUAAGAUCUGGAGCUUUUCGUUUUUAGUAGUAUCACAUGGAAGCCAGCCUGAGAUAAGCAAACCAAAAUCAUGUUAGCUUUUAGGACUAGAAACAGACACAAAGUCAUUGAGAGUAUUGCAUGCUGUAUCACAUGAGCAUGACCAAUAUGGUAUGUCUAAUUGACAUUGGCUUAAAAACACUGAUUGUUAAACUGUCAUCCAAUUUCACUGGAUAACUCAUAUCAGCCUGCUUUAUCUUGGUCUACUUUUAAAAGACAGAAAGGAGUUUUUGCCACAGCACUUUCAUCAUAUAUGAUAAAAACAUUCAAAGCCUUUAGAAAAUGGCUCCAGGAGUUUCCGGUUGUCAUUAUCGUGAAGUUCCUCUUUCUAUCUCCUUCUCUGGAUCUGGAUUCAUGGCCACCUACCAGUUAGGGGUUGCCCAGUGCUUCUUAAAUUAUGCACCCUGGAUACUGCGUGCAGCACCUUGUGUCCUGGGUGCAUCUGCUGGAUCUCUGGUAGCAGCUGCUGUAGUCUGUGAAAUUAGCCUGAUUACUAUGCGAGAUGAGAUGAUACAUUUUGCCAAACAGAUGAAGGCUUUUACACUUGGACCAUUUAACCCCUCAGUCAAUGUUUUCCACUGGUUAGAGUCAAUUUUACACAAACAUCUUCCUUUUAAUGCACACCAACUGGCCAGUGGGCGUCUUGCUGUUGCUACGACCCGCAUGACUGAUAGCAAGCUCAUUAUCAUGUCUGAGUUCCAGUCCAAAGAGGAUGUAGUACAGGCUUUGUUAUGUAGCUGCUUUGUGCCUGGGUACUGUGGUAUGCUGCCUCCAUCCUUCAGAGGAGUACAUUAUGUGGAUGGGGGUUUUAGCAGCAUGCAGCCAGUACUGCCUGCACCCUGCAGUCACAUCUUGACGGUGUCUCCAUUCUCUGGAGAGACAGACAUCUGUCCUGCCGACACACCUUGCAUGUGGGACAUGGUAGUGAGUGGAACCACCUUGAAGGGCAACAUGGCUAACAGCUUCAGGAUCAUCAAUGCCCUCUAUCCCAUGGCUUUAGAGACUCUGGAACAAGCCUACGACAGCGGCUACAAAGAUGCUAUUCAUUUCCUUCUGAACAACGGUCUUGCCCCAUAUUUGAUGAUACACAAAGUAUCCCAAGGGCCACUUAACCACAACCAAACUAAAACGUGGAUGCAUGUGGAGACCACCAUAGAGGACGAGGAGGAGAUGAAGGCGGAAAAUGAGACCGCUACACUGACAUCUUCUAUAGAUAAUAGAUCCAUGCAGACGGGCAGCUCUACUGAUCAUGAAUGGUCCGGAAAUCGACCAAUUAAAGAACCUCCUCUCCAUUUUGACAUGACAAAGAAUGUUCUGCUGGGCAACGUGGUGACCUAUCUGAGCAUGUUUGGACUCACUGUGAGAAUCUUAUCCCACCUGCUCCUACCACUCAUGCUGUCAUUUUACGCCGUACUCCAGAGUAGGCACAGACUGGAGGUGCUGUUCAGGCAGGUGCCUAAAUUGGCGUUCUGGGCUUGGCAUGGCCUGAGACUCUUUAUAUUCUUCUUUUUCAGCAUAGUUGUCUGUAGCCUCAAGAAGAACAUAGAGGACCGGGUUAUGCCCUUCAUCCUGUUGUUGUUGUGGCUGAAAAUUCAAGCACAAUAUGAGGCUACACAAGGGCAGAGGCAUGCUACACCUUGCCAUAAGUUUUCCUCUUCUGCCCAUUCAGAAGAUGUCAAGCACAGGAGUCUACACAGAUGGUUCAUCACUCCAUCUUGGGAUCACAAGAAAACAAAAUUACAACAUAUCAUACAGUAAUUUCUGUUACCAAAACACGAAAACUGACUGCUGACGGAAGUGUGGAGGUUCAUCAGCUGAACAAAUCCCACGAAUGUUGUCUCGCGGAACAUCCCAGACAAAAACACUUGUAGUUUGAGUCAAGUUGAGAGUUUAGCUCCAGGGUGCUUAUCUAGAAUGUUCCUAAUUUCAUUUCCACACGAGAGGUAAAAACUAGUCCUAUGAUGUGCUAUUUGAACACUGCUCUCUUUCAUUCCUCAUCCCCUUGAGUGUAAGCAUUUGCUACCUCACUAUUACUGUUCAAUACAUUUGAUGUUAGCCCUCAGUGGUCUCUGGCAAGUCCUCAUUUCCUUUUCAGAAGUGGCUGCAGAAAAAUAUCAAAAUUCAGACAAAUGACGCUAUGUAACAUGUGCUAUGACACUUUUAAUGUUGUAGAAACAGAAACCACUGACUUCCUUUAGCUCCACUGUAACAUAUUAUAACCAAGAUCAAAAUGUUUUCAGAAUCCUGUUCUUCUGUACAGUGCAAAUGAAUAAAUAGUGCUUCUCUUA